AUGGGCAUUCCAGGCUUCGAGAAACUACAGUUUUGGAUCUCCAUCCUCUUCUGCACCAUGUACUUGGUGGCUUUUGUGGGUAACUUCUUGCUGACCAUUCUUGUCUGGGUAGAGCGCAGUCUCCAUGAGCCCAUGUAUCUCUUCCUGGCCAUGUUGGCUAUGACAGACUUCCUGAUCUCCAAUACCAUCAUGCCAAAGAUGCUGGCUGUCUUCUGGUUCCAGGCUAGGUCCAUUUAUUUCCAGGCCUGCCUUACCCAGAUAUUCUUUGUCAUUUUCAUUUUUAUCAUAGAGUCAACGGUCCUUUUGGCCAUGGCAUUUGACCGCUAUGUGGCCAUCUGCUUUCCACUGAGGUACACCAUGAUCUUGACCCCCUCUGUGAUCAGGAACAUUGGAGGAUUUUCUGUGGCCAGGGGCCUGCUCUUCACCUUUCCUUUUGUCUUCCUAGUUGAUCGGCUACCAUUCUGUGGAAACAACAUUAUUGCUGAUACUUAUUGUGAACAAACUAAGGUCUCUAGGCUGGCCUGUGGAGAUAUUACUGCAAAUAACAUUUAUACACUGGUGAUAUCACUCUUGUCCACAGGCUUAGAUGUCUUACUCAUUUUCAUCUCAUAUGUGUUUAUUCUUCAAGCUGUCUUUCGACUCCCAUCCCGUGAUGCCCAGUUGAAGGCUCUAGGCACUUGUACUUCACAUGUGUGUGUCAUCCUUAUGUUCUACCUGCCUGCCUACUUGACAGUGCUGGUCAGCCACCUGGAAUGUGGAAUCCUGCUGGCCAAUCUCUAUGUGGUUGUGCCUCCUGCGUUGAACCCCAUCAUAUAUGGCGUCAAGACCAAACAGAUCCGGGAUAUUGUCACAUCCAGGCUCUCCAGGCUGGGUCUGGGUUGCUGA